AUGACCGACAUCUGGAGCGGAGAUAUUCUGCUACCCGACGGCAAUGUUAUCAAAGACGUCGGUCUCGCGUCGCAAAAUGUCGCAUCUUCCCCAGCCCUCCCCGCCACGUCGUUACGCUUCCUCACCACGGUCGAUAUCGCCAGGAUACCGCUAUAUCUUGCCGCCGGCCCCAGUCUAGAUGUUUGGACGACUGAAGAAGCUACUCAGGCUUGGUUCGAGGCAGUCCUGCUGAGUAAGCCUACACUGGCACACGCGCCCAACAACGCCGCGAAAGAAUGGUGGGACCUCGCGCGAUCACAAUCGCCAAUUGGUUUUCUUGUACAAGUCCAAAGGGCUGAGGAAGACGGGCGAAAGCCCAGAGUGACCGAGAUCCUCGUCUAUGGCACCGUCGCCGCUCCCUCCACAGCUGGGCUACCAUCCUCGUCCCCAUACGUCGACAAUGCGCACGCCGAGAUACUUCCUGAGCUUCGAGUUCACGCACUGCCACUUUCGUCUGAUCUUUUAAAUGCCACCAGCGUUGACCUGCCCAUGGACGCCGAGCCUCAAUUCCUUCCGCCGCAGCACGAUUUCCACAACCCCCCAACAUCACCCAAACGCACACGAGACAUUUUUGAAGAAGCUACCAUUGCAAACAAGAAGGCACGGGGAAGGGGUGGAAGAGCAGUCUCGGCAGCAGCGGCCCGCGUGAGCGAGUCUCAGCAGGCAUACAGCCACCGAAAGUCGUCGCUUUCUAUUGAUCUGAAAGCCUCAUCUUUCUCCGACUCCAGACCAACGUCUGCCUCUGACCAUCUAGCCCGCCCUUCUUCGCGCCCACUCUCGCGAUCACCGAGCAUAACCUCCGACACAAGACCCCUCAGCCGAAAGGGUCAACCCGACGCGCAUGCCAGGCGAUCGAACCUGUCACAGGUCGCUACGGUCCCCAUACAGCCCGAAGAGCCAACAACCGAGUCGCGAAACAAGGACGCACUGGUCAAGGUGGUCAUGGCAGCGAUGCGCAUGCAUGGCUUGCAGCAGCGGAAACAGAACAGGUCUCGCCGCGCCUCCGUGGCUGGUGCCGAAGAGAGUCAGCAGCGCAGUGAUGAAGCAGCCGCCGAAGAGGCUGCGAAGGACGACGAGUACAAGCUGAUAUACCAUCAAACCUUCAAGGGUGCACAACUGGCACUGAGAAAGCACAUGUCCGAGAAACCGCUACACGCCACACCCGAUCGUAUGCGCGACAUCGUUGAAAAGCUCCUCGCCCUCUUCCUCUCCGACCCGCUUGCGGAGCCUCCGCCCCCCGAGAUACCUGCGGACCCAGUUGCCACACCCGGUAGUAGACCCAGAUUUGUUAUUCCUGGAUCCACACAUGGCCAUGCCAGUCCGUUCGACCUGCCUAGUACACAGCGACGUCCUGGCAUGAUGAGAUCAGUUACCGAUAGCCAUGUCUAUACGGGGUCGCCUGUGAGCAAGAAGAGGGUUACCACGGGCGAGACGUUGACUGUGCCUGCGUGA